CCCCCCGCCAAAAAAAAAAAAAAAGUUUCGUGGAUCCACCUGGAGUAGUUGCGUGCACCGAACUUGUGGAUCCACACGGAAGACACCGUCAGUCCGUCCGUCGUGUGGUUGUGACUUGUGACUUGCUUUGAGAGGAAAAGUUUUGAAACCGCGCUCGAACACGAGAUUUGUCCAGGAGGAGAAAACGGGGAGACCGGUCGACCCUCACAUCUCCUCUCUCUUCCACAAGCCCACCGCCAUGGACAUGACGCAUCAUGAAGAAUGCCACUCGUACCACUACGAGCCACACGCUGUCCAUGCCGUACACAGGCCUGUAGGUUUGCCAGGCAGCCCUGUCAUCUCUGACAUCUCUCUGAUCCACCUCUCGCCUACCUCCAUGGCAACCGGAUACUCCCCCUUCAGCCCUUCUCACGUGUACGUCAACCCUCACAUGGAACACUACCUGCGCCCUGUGCACGGCGGCCCUCCGCUUUCAAGGAUCUCAGGAGCUAGAGGCUUGAGCCCCACGCGCUUGGGUCUUGACCAUUUCAAGGAUGGCGGCCUGUUUGGGCACCCUCCGCCUUCUCCGACCGGGGUGAGUCUGACCAGGGAGUGUUACCAGUUGAUGUCAAGCCACCACGGCUCCUAUGGGGAGCUGCUCAUGCAGAGGGCGGGGUUAGCUGCAGGGUCCCAUCUGUCAGACUACAUGGCCCCCAUUGAUGUAUCGCGACUGACCUCCAGGUUGAACAGGAAGAGAGCGCUGUGCAUCUCAUCGAUGUCCGACGCUAGCGUGGACCUUCAGACGAUGAUCCGGACGUCACCGAGCUCACUUGUGGCAUACAUCAACAACUCCCGGUCCGGGUCGGUGGCCAGCAGCUCGUACGGACAUCUGUCAGUCGGAGGACUUAGCCCAACCUUGGCCUUUCCUCAUCCCAUCAACCCUGUAGCUUACCAGCAACUGCUAGCUUUGGGCCACACUCCGCCACUCAUCCAGCCACCAGCCACCUACCCCAGCUGCCAGCCAGGCCUCAGCCUUGGCCUCUCCUUGCUGUCUGGUCCGGCCCACGGCACUGAACUGACGUCCCAAAAUGCCUGCGCCGAAUCAGUCAUCAGCAGCACAGUAGAACCUGUCAAAACCAAGAAGUCAAAGGUUAAACCUGAAUCCAAGGCACCAAGUUUAAUUCCACAGAAUCAACAAGGGGCCUCACUGGAGCCGAAGGUGAACGUGGACAGUGACGAGCGCAAAGCGCAGCAGGAGGCCAUAUAUGAGUCCAACUGCCACUGGGAGGGGUGCAGCACUGAGCACGAAACACAAGACCAGCUUGUGCAGCACAUCAAUAAUGACCACAUCCACGGGGAAAAGAAAGAGUUUGUGUGUCGCUGGGACGAGUGUUCUCGGGACCAGAAGCCUUUCAAAGCUCAGUACAUGCUGGUGGUUCACAUGCGCCGACACACAGGAGAGAAACCCCACAAGUGCACGUUUGAGGGCUGCUCUAAGGCCUAUUCCCGUCUAGAAAACCUCAAAACGCAUCUGCGCUCUCACACCGGCGAGAAACCCUACGUGUGCGAACAUGAGGGAUGCAACAAGGCUUUUUCCAAUGCCUCAGACCGAGCCAAACACCAGAACCGGACUCAUUCCAAUGAGAAACCAUACAUAUGCAAGAUCCCUGGCUGUACCAAGCGUUACACGGAUCCCAGCUCACUGAGAAAACAUGUGAAAACAGUCCACGGGCCAGAGGCCCAUGUCACCAAGAGGCAGCGCUGCGAACGGAUGCCCAGGCUGCCACCUCAGGACAACAGUGACAAUCAGACCCUUAACAGAGAGAUACUUCACGAGAAGAUUGCGGACAGAACCUCCCACACAGGAGUAGAGGGCUACACGAGUGUCAAAUCCAUCAAGACAGAAAAUUCUGUGAUGCAGCAGCCCAGCACUAGCAGUGGGCCAUCAUGCUACGGGGAACUAUCACCACUUGGUGGGGCCACCAACAAUGACAGCCGAGUAGAAAUGGCAGGGUUGAGUGGUGGAAGCCUGGGGGACCUUAGCACACUGUGGAGUCUUUGGGUAAUAACGAUUUCAGUGGCAGAGAUGCAGCAGCAGAAGCUGGUUUCAUCAUCCAGAAGCAGGUCACCUCUUAGCCAAAUCUCGAGUAUCUCAAGAAGAAGAAUCUGAGGGACUUCUGUCAGUGGAAUGCCAACCCAAAACCUCCAGCUGCCACAGAUCCCAGCAGGUGUGUGGGAAGUGGUCCUGGGUCUACUGGAAAGUCUCUUAAAGUGCUAUUAAAGCACUUCCAGCAGGUUGACAUCACUUGACACCCUCAGCCUCUGCUCCUCAACCAACUCUCCUCCAUGCUGCACCAAUCAAACUUCAUACCGUGUCUCCUGCAAGCCCAUUUCAGCUGAUCUCACUGUGGUCCAGGCAGGCCAAUCCAUGUAGCUUGACCACCAGCCCACAUGACUAACUGUGCAAAUUAUGCUACAACCACUGGAACUACAACUACACUUUUGCUAUACAUCUGGAAAAUCAACUUGAAGCUCCCUCAGCCUCAUUUAAGGAUUCCUGCAAAUUCUACUCCAGAGAGGCGUUGGGGAUUCUCUUGCUCAGCCACAACCGGCGCAAAACAAUAACAUUAAUAUUCUCAGUGGAGAGAACACUCUUCCUGAAGCAGACUAGGAAAGUGUUCCCCAUUCUCCCCAAGGGUGCAUGUCAUCAGAUGCUAGGCUCCACCAAACACCGACAUACAAACAACUCCUCUGUCACUAUGACAAUGAGGGCAACACAUAUCCACAGGUGUAAGAGGACAGGAAACAUAAGAGGCUGCUUGCCAAGACUCAGACACAGUGUUCAUCCACCACCUCAGUAACUGUGAGUUAAACUUGAAGGAUGGAAUUGUACAAUCUUCUCACGUAAUACUUUGCAAAAACCAGAUCUGCCCGUACCAACAGUACAACCUAAAGUAUUAAGACAGCCACCUUUAGAUUCUUCCCGGUUUUGUAAACAAUGAAGUUACAACAUCCCCAGUGAAAUGCUUUGUCCUACAGUUGCCAGAUCCAAAUAAUGGAAAAACAGCUCACCCCUGCAAUCAAAGGAAGGCUCCUUUCCAUACUUAUCAUAGAUAAGGAGUACUGGAGUGAGGAAAAGAUGGACACGAUUGACCACAUACUGAACAAUGAGGACCACUCCGGUCUGUCUAAGUCUACUCUAGAACUCGCUUACGUCACCCUCUGUACUACCUGGUAUCCUUUGUCGAGAAAUUCCUCAAGCUGAUGUGUUAACCUUGUGUCUUGGUGGCCAUUAUAGUUUUUCAGUCAUGUAAAUAUUGUACUAUUGCUGGUUCUGCAAUCUGCUGUGUUCUUGUAUACUAUAAUUUAUUUUUUGACAAGCCAUAUAUGUAAGUAGCAUGUAAAUAGAACUUUUUCAAUGGUUUUGCAAGUGCCUGGCUCAUACACAGGUGAUCAUGCGAACAUAACUUUUCUUCUACUCUGAAAUGCACCUGAGCUACCAAUACGCCAACCCUCAUCAUCCUCUGUUUAUUUUCUGUUUCUUCAACCACAUGAAAACCAAAAUUGAUCUGGCCUGACCGUAUGCAAAAAUUGUUCAAUUUCUAAGAAAUACAAUAGUAAGAAACACUGCUGAUGUCAUCUUUGAUGGAGAUGUUCUGACAACCAAAUACUAAGGCUGCAGCAAUACACUAAUUUCAUGAUAUGAAACGCAAUAUUCCGUUCACGAUAUGUAUAUAUCAUGAUAUUUGGGCAAUGAUGUGAUUUGAUACACAUCAUUUUCUGAAAGAUUUCAAAGCAAACAGCCUGAUUUUGUGAGAUUAUGUGACUCUUCCGUUGAUGUGUAUUGAUUUAAUUGAACUGAAAACUGAAAGCGUCGAUGCCACACUAUAUGACUGACUAGACAGAGUAUACAGCUUAAAAACACUGGAAAUAAUGAAUCCAAGGUUGUGGUGAGAAAAUUGGCUUCCUUCAAUUUAAACAGUGCACACUAUUAUUUGUGUUGUUUUUGUUAUAAAUUUGCUUUGUUUACAUGUUGAUUGUAUUGCUUUAUGUAUUUUCUUGUGCAAAUAGAGGAACCUUCAUUUUUAUUUCAAAAAUGUUCAUAAUCAC